AUGAAGUUAUUUAGGACAUUCAAAUUUAUUACAAGUUAUUAUAGUGGAUUAAAGAUAUCUCCAAAUAAUUCGUGUAUUAGAUAUUUUGCUAAUAGUUAUAAUACUAAGCAAAAGGUAUCUGAGGUUACAACUAUUAUGCAAAAUCACUUCGGUGGAACAUAUUCUGAGUUAUUAAAUGGGUGUCCUCAAAAUUUAAUAACACAGGGUUAUCCUGAAUUUGAUAUAAUAAAAAGUAUAACACAGCUCAAAGUUGGUUUUGUAACUGGUGUUGAAAAUCCCCAAUAUCCAACUAUAUUAGGUUAUUGUAUUGCUGAGAUUAUAUAG